AUGAUGGAGCAGAUGCUAUUUGAAGCAGUAGUUACAGGAAACGUGGAUGACUUGCCUAAAAUAAUAUCAAAUGACAGACUGAUUCUCGAUAAGGCGGUGGCGGGACGCUUGGGCUGGAGUCCUCUGCAUAUGGCGGCUUCCUACGGCCACACAGACUUUGUGAAAGAACUAUUGAAUCGCAAGCGAGAACUUGCUCGGGUUUUAGAUUUGGCAGAUCGGACAGCCCUUCACUUGGCUUCGUCCGAGGGGCACGUGGAGGUUGUGAAAGAAUUGAUGCAAAAUUGGCCUGAGAUGUGUCUUGUGCGUGAUCGUGAAGGCAAAAAUCCAUUACAUGUAGCAGCCGUGAACGGGAAGGUCGACGUGCUGGAAAACUUAGUCCGUGUCAGGCCCCACGCGGCACGUGCCAGGUUAAACGGGGAAGAGACCAUAUUACAUCUAUGCGUCAAGUACCAUCAAACUGAAGCUCUUAAGAAAUUGUUGGAAUUGAUUAACGACGAGGAGUUUGUUCAAGCGAAGGACAGUUCCGGCAACACUAUCUUACAUCUUGCUGUUAUGGGUGAACAAUUGGAGAUUGUGGAGUAUAUCACUAAGGAGGAAAAAAUGAAGAAGAAGGCAAUAAAUGUAACAAAUGCAAGUGGACACACUGCGAUGGACGUUGCUACUCUCGCAAAAGACAACAGAGGGAAGGACGAUACCACCGAAAUUGAAACCCACCUUCUAAAAGCUAAGGCUAAAGGAGCGAGUAGUCUUGAGCAAGGUGACUGGGUUAACAGCAACAAGGAGGCAUUAAUGGUUGUAGCAUCUCUCAUUGCAACAAUAGCAUUUCAAGUAGGGGUAAAUCCCCCUGGUGGUGUGUGGCAAGAUAAUUUAGAAAGACACAAAGCUGGUGAACCAGUAAAUCCUCCUGGUGGAGUAUGGCAAGAGAAUUCAGAUGGACACAGAGCUGGUGAAGCAGUAAUGGCUUACAAUUAUCCAGAUUCAUACCCAUGGUUUAUUCGGUUUAGCACAAUAGGAUUCAUUGCAUCCUUGAGUACAAUUUUGUUGCUCAACAGUGGAUUACGUAUGAAAAGGAGGACAUAUUCGUGGCUACUAAUGGUGGUCAUGUGGUUGUCAAUAACAUUUACGGCAGCUAGUUAUGCACUUGGUAUCGUCUGGGUCACUCCAAAAAAGGAUAGGGAGUCACUUACUCGUACCAUUGUUGUCGCAGUCAUAGUGUUCUGCAGCGUGAUGGCAAUUCUAUUUAUAGUGCACACAGUUCGUUUGAUUAAAAAUAUGGUUUGCGAGCGAUUAAGUAUUCGGAAGGCGGUUAAUCAUAUUGCUGUAGAAGGAGCAAGAGCAACGGAAACAGGAACAUCGUCCGAGCUGGGGAAAUGUUUGAAUUUUUGUAAACCUGCCAAUUCAAAUGGUGGAAGGCAAGUCAGCGUUGGAGCUGUUUGA